CAAUAUAUGUAACGAGCGUCCCACUCCGUCAUUAUUGACUUAAUUGUUUAUUUAGCAACCAUGGAGGAGAUAGCCUGAGACGGUUUCUGAAGAACACUUGGAGAUCCUUACUGAGUUCGGCCAUUAGAGAUGAACAAUUUGGAAAGAAGCGAUCCUUCUCAAGAAAUUGAAGGACCAGGUCCAGUUGACUCAGCUGAACCUAAAACGACGAACAUUCAGGAAGCUGUGAGAGUGGAUAUUGCACUACCAAACACAUCAUCACCCAGUCAAAUUUUCACCCCUGGAAGAGAGGAAUAUCUGAAUCUCUGUGUUCCUCUGUAUCAAGCUGCUCUGAAAGGUAAAUGGAAAGAUGCCGAAGUAAUAAUUGAUCGGAACAACCAUAUUGUACGAGCAGCAGUUACUCGUAAUCAGGAGACGACUCUUCACAUUGCUGCUGCUACAAAGCACAAGACAUUUGUGAAACAUCUUCUUACAAAAAUGAGUAAAAGUGAUUUGGCCCUGAAGAACAAAGAUGACAACACAGCGAUUUGUUUCGCAGCUGCCUCGGGAACUAAGAAAAUUGCUGAAAUGAUGGUCGAUAAAAAUGAAGAUCUUCCAAUGAUUCGAGGCAAUGGAAAAGUGACACCACUUUACAUGGCUGCUUUGUUUGGACAUAGGAAGAUGGUUUUGUACCUUUAUGACAAGACAGACUUUGAAAGACUAGGUGAUUCCGAGCUUGUUGAUCUCUUUCAUGCCAUCAUAGGAGCUGAUAUCUAUGAUGUUGCUCUGAGGAUGUUUGAGUGGAAGCAGUCGUUAGCCACUUCGCAAAAUAGUAGUAGAGAGAUUGCUUUGCACUUAAUGGCACGGAAACCUACAGCAAUUGGCCGUGAGAGACAACUCAAUAUCUUUAAGAGACUAGCAAACUCCAUUUUUGAAGGUCUCUACUUUGAGGAUAAAAUGAUGGGUUUAGCUCAUCAACUGGUUGAUAGUAUGUGGAAAUUGGUUGUGAAGCUGCCUGAGCCGAAAGUCUCAGAAUUACUUAGGACACCAACGAGGUUACUCUUCGAUGCUGCAUCAUCAGGGAACGUUGAGUUUCUAGUGAUUCUAAUCCGUGCAUAUCCUGAUCUUCUAUGGAAAGUAGACGAGAAGAACCAGAGCCUGUUUCACAUUGCUGCAUUAAACCGUCAUGAAAGCAUCUUUAAUAUCAUUUACGAACUCGGUUCCAUCAAGGAUUUGAUAGCGGCAUAUAAGGAGGUUUCAACUAGAAACAAUAUGUUGCACCUCGUAGCUAGCUUGCCUCCUCCUGGUCGUUUGCAGAUAGUGUCCGGGGCAGCACUUCAAAUGCAAAGAGAACUUCUUUGGUUCAAGGCUGUGAAAAAAAUUGUCCCUCAUUCAUAUAUCAAGGCCAAAAACAGCAAAGGAGAAGUGGCACAAGAUCUCUUUACAGAGAAACACAAAGAACUGCGAAAAGAAGGAGAGAAAUGGAUGAAAGAUACUGCAACCUCAUGCAUGCUCGUCUCAACUUUGAUAGCCACUGUGGUUUUUGCUGCGCCUUUUACAGUACCAGGCGGGAUUAAUGACACAACCGGGUUCCCCAUCUUAAAGAAUAAGGUGUGGUUCAAUGUUUUCCUACUGUCAGAUGCAGUUGCUCUUUUUUCUUCAUCAAUUUCCAUAGUGAUUUUCCUCUCCAUCCUCACUUCAAGGUACGCUGAAGAUGAUUUUCUGGUAUCGCUACCCUCGAGACUGAUGUUAGGUCUGUUAGCGUUAUUUGUCUCCAUAAACAGUAUGGUCAUAUCCUUCAGUGCUACAUUGUUCUUGAUCCCAGACUGGAGUUUUGCAUGGAACCUAACUCUCCUCAUCUGCCUUGCUUUCAUCAUCUCUCUGUCAUUUGCUCUGCUACACGUUAAGCUUUGGUUCGACACUCUGCGCUCCGCCUAUUGGUCCAAGUACCUCUUUCAGUCACGAAGCCGGAGAUUAUAUCUUUGAAAGGUCUUGCGUUUAAUUUCCUUGAAAGGGCAUAUAUGAGCUUUCUAGAAUUUCACAUUUUAUUUGGUUCAAGAUAAAAGUCUAUUAAGACCGUGGUUCCAUACAAGACCUGGUCCUGAUUAUGAAUUUGUCAACUUGACUGAAUCAUUUUCUGUUUUGUUUUUCUUCUCUUGUACGUAAUUUCCAUGUUAUAAA